GUCAGAGGCCAGCCCAUCAACAGGAGCUCCGGCGGAGUCGCAGCAACAGGGAGAAGAGGAGCCAACUUAAGACUUUCCAGUUCCGCUAGCGCGCCCAGACCAGCCUCCCCAGGCGGCCCCCCCACCGCCGUCCCCUGUGCGCACCGCUAUACGAGCGGUCCUGAAACGUAGCGCGGCUUUCUCAACACAUGUUGCUGAACUUAUAUCCCAGGGAGAUCACUGAGUUGUCCCUAAAGUAGCUCAGAGGAGGGGGGUGAAGCCGAAGAGCUUCGGCUAACCCGUUAGCUGGGUCCGAACGGACUGAAGCGAAGGGGAAGGAAAUGGAGCUGGACGACGUGGUGCUGUACCAGGACGACUCGGGCGCCUCGGACAUGAUGUCCGAGCGCGUCUCGGGUCUGGCCAGCUCCAUCUACCAGGAGUUCGAGCGGCUGAUCGGCCGCUACGACGAGGACGUGGUGAAGCAGCUCAUGCCGCUUGUGGUGGCCGUGUUGGAGAACUUGGACUCGGUGUUCUCCAUCAACCAGGAGCACGAAGUGGAGCUGGAGCUUCUGAAGGAGGACAACGAGCAGCUGGUGACACAGUACGAGCGAGAGAAAGCCCUUCGGAAGCACACCGAAGAGAGGUACAUUGUCCUGGAGGACUCCCAGGAUGGAGAAAAGAAGGAGCUGCAGAGUCGUCUGGUGUUGCUGGAGUCUCACACGCGUCAGAUGGAGCUGAAGGCCAGGAACUACGCAGACCAGAUUAACAGACUAGAGGAGAGGGAGGCCGAGCUAAAGAAGGAGUUUACAUCCCUACACCAGAGACACACAGAGAUGAUCCACAGCUACAUGGAGCACCUGGAGCGAACCAAGCACCAGCACGCCACGGCCGUCACCCCCAGCGAACCCGCCGACACCGGGCCCAGAGCACGUGAGAGGAGCUCUGACCAGUUCAGUCCUGCCCUGUGCAGACUUUAUCCUCUGUAUUUCAUAGCCAGGCAGUCUGGCCCCUGGGGGGGGACGGGGGGGGCCUUUGUGGUGGGACUGAAGCCCGGUGCCCCCCCAAGCACCCAGCUCUUUGUAACCUCUCCGUUCUCCUCCCUGGCCUCUGACUGGCUGCCAGCUAACUGGCGACCACACGGGCCAACCCACACCUCAGUGCGGGCCUCCCGUAUCGCAGCCAAUCAGAGCGGCCGAGCGGGCCUGCCUCAGCAUCUGUGA